AUGACUUUGCCAUUGUCAAGAAUAGACUAUGCAGCUGUAGGUGUCACGUCUCGGGGAACCACCAAAAUAUUUCCUCCCUCAGAGCAUAGACAAACGCAAAAAUUCGCUGUUGCUGACCAUGAUGGCAUACUCCAUGUUUAUGGUCUAAAGAAGGGAGAAAUGCAAGUAUUAUUUAAAUCUUUGCCAGGACCAAAGAUUAAUAAAUUAGUUCUGGGUGGUACUGGACGUGACAAGAUAUACAUUGCACAUGGAAAUACUGUCAAAGGAUACACCAAAAAGGGAAAAUUGUUCUUAGAGUUUGACACAAAUCUUAUAGAUCCUAUUACAGCACUAUACGUGCUUGGUCCAGAUUUAGCCGCAUGUGCAAGAGAUCUCUGUCACAGAUACCGCGAUUGCAAAGAUGCUGACUCCUAUUUAGCUGGUGAAACCUUGUACGACGUUGUUCUCUUGCCUGCUGAUAACACUAUCGUCUUUGUUAUACUAGCUUGCGGUGACUGCGCUAUACGAGUCCUUCAUGGUACCAAGACCCCAGCGAUUCUCAGACUUUCAAGUGUACCUACAGUAUUAUCUUUAUGCAGAGAAGGGGAUGUUGAAUCUAAGGAACGUGUUCUGGUUGGAACCAUGGAUGGCAAAGUGGGUUUACUGAUCCUUCAAGGCAAUAAAACGUUGAGGAUCACUUGGCUCUUGCAUACGACUCACUCUGAAGUUACUUCUUUAGACACUUACGAACUGCAAGAUGGCUUAGACAUACUUGUUGGAAGACAAGAUGGUACUGUUGAAGUGUAUGCUUUCCCCGAAGAAGACACAGUACCAUCGCUUCGUUUUCGUUACAAUGCCAAUGAAAGUAUCAGUGCAGUAGGAGGAGGGAUAAUCGGAGCAGCAGGGUAUCCUGAGGUGCUGGUCACCACAUAUUCAGGUCGAAUAUUUGGUUUGACCACCAAACCACCUGGUCUUCUAGAAGCUGAUCAAAAUGAUGGUUUGAUGAAGUUGAGAGCAGAGAUACAGGGGUUGCAGGAAAAGCUCAACGAAGAGAAGGAAGUACCUAACUUCUCGGUGGAUUCCUUAGCACCAUUGAUCUUAUCUGUAAAUCACAGAAUGAUUUUGAACAGGGAAGAUGCAUCCUAUUCUCUUUCUGUAGAACUCGAUACACCCAUUGAUAACAUUUUAAUACAGUCAGAUACUCCCAUUGAAUUGUUAGACGUGGAAAGUAACAGUGCAGUAGUUAGUUUGUCGGCCUGCAAUCCUAGAGAUGGGAACUUCGUUGUUGCCACCUAUCGUUGCCAAGUAAAUACCAAUCACCUUGACAUGAGGCUACGAACUAUAGAAGGUCAGCCGGGUACUCUGCAAAUUUACGUCACUUCGCAAGUACAACCAAAAUGCUGUCGCAGAAUAUGCAUACCUAUAUCUGCUCUUUCUCUUCACAUGAGACAGCACGAACUCGAAGACAUAGAACCUAAUAAUGGAGGACCAUUCAAUGAACUCAAAUUAAUUGGAAAUUUCACCGUCGCGGAGAUGCAUGCCUGGCUUUCAUUUGCAUUGCCUGAUGUUCCUGAAAGACCUCAUUUAGAAGACGGAAAAGCUACAUUGACAUAUGUCUCAUCCUUUAUUGGAACUCUCCUGAAAUGUAUAUAUAAGAAAGGAAGUGCAAUUUUUCUUGGAGAGAAUAUAUCAAGUAUUAUAAUUCUUAGAGACAUAUUAACUAGAGAAGCAACAAAAAGAAAAAUCAAAUUGGACGUCUUUUGUGAUGUCGCCGAAGGUAGCAUAUCCAGAGUUUUGGAAUUAAUUUUUCCACAGUUGAAUGCUGCCCAUGAUUUAAUUACAAAGGUAAAAAUCUUAAAUGCUCUUGAGGAAUGGGAAUUGAAAGAAAAUCCAAAAGAAAAUUUGUGCACAGAGUAUCAGGAACUGAUACAAAAGGAAACUGAUAUUAAGUCUCAAAUGUCAAAAGACAAUGAAAUAUUGGAGAGACUACACGCAGUAAUCACGGACCUCUAUGUCGAUUGGGAGAGAGCUAAACGUUCUCGUAGAAUCAGUAGCAAAGACGCUGCGGAGAAGCUCAGCGCAGCCCUCAAAUCCCGAGAAUUGGCUCAGCUUUUACAAGUAUUUAUUGAUACGAGUAACACGGUGCCUGCACCAUCUUCAGUACCUUCGAUCAUCUAA